AUGGCAUACCCGCCCUCUUCCAUUCCCUCUCCUUUGCAUCGCAUCCAUUCACCUGUUCCUCUUACUCUUGUGUCGCGGACAUCGUAUCUGACUGACCCGAAUCCAAGCAGUCAACUCCAACGUGUUUGCUCACCACACUUUGGUAUCGGCGAGAUACGCAACGAGCGCUACAUCCGCCCCAAGCAUCUUGCACUCCGCGGCCAUUUGAAAGUGUCACCACCAGUACUUCAAUCCUCCAUCCCGCCUACCUAUACUAGCGGACACUUUACAGCAAGCAAGCAGACCAGGAAAUCAAGCAUCAGCACCAAGUGUGGUAGCAAUACCAAGAAAUCAGCACACCAUCUUUCCCUGGCAUUGGACCCCUCCCAUCUCUUCCUGUCGACAAGAGCUCCUUUCCAGCACCACCAUCAUCCUCACUCUCACCUCUAUUUCCUUCUUGUGCAACGUCAAGCGUCAGGCGGCAAGCCGAGCCAAAGCGUUGUUCUCGUCGCCUCUCAAAAGGAACAACAUCUGCCGUGUGAGGUUGGGAGACUAGGUGAAUAUUACCCACCACCCAUAUUCUUCUGUAAGUCAGCAUCCGUGUCCCAUCACUUCACAUCGUCCGUUCUCCUUCGCGUUGCUCUCAUUCCCUUUUUUGCCCCUCGGCCCACGGACCGGACUGCAGACAUGUCAUGCUCGAUGGCACAAGCACACCUCGAGGUCCUGAACCACAAGUUGUCUUGUCCUAUCCUGGCAAACCCUGCCUGCUGUGAACCCCUUCACGACCCCUUGUCUCUGGGCCUGGAUCACCCAAGCCUCGAGGCGUGCUUCACACCGUCAAAAGUAUCCGUAUUCAUUCCAGUAGAGGUGUUCUAA